AUGCACUCCAUCAGCAUCAGCAUAGCAGUUGUUUCCCCACUCUGCAAGCCCGUCGAAAACUCCGGAUGCAAAGAUUACAAGGAACGCAGAAUGGAGGGUUCUGGUCUUCGCCAUCAAAGCUUCGCCGCAGACAACGACCAAAGCUCCUGGGGCGGCUCCUCCCUAAAGAGACGUCGAGCUAUGUCGCUCUUUCUCCGGGACAAACAACCCGCAGACAGCGAUAGCGUCGAGAGGGCCUCGUGCUGUGGCCGCGCCAGCUCGGACAUCUGGACAACAACCACGACCGUCUACCGCGCCUCUUCCUCCUCCGUCCGCAACGCUGUUCGUCGCUCAUCGACAGGCCUCCGCAACUCCGCCCAGACGAUCUUCCGCCACAGCUCCACCCACAAAGCCUCCGCGGCAUCAUCGACCGGAACCGCUGCCUUCACUCGCGCCAUAAAGAGACUCGUCCAUUCCCCCACCACCCCCCAUCCGCCGGUGCCGCCGGCGCCGCCAACCCCGCCACCAACACCAAUCGACCGCAUCGAGAGCAUCGACAGUAUCGACAGCAUCGACAGCAUCGACACAACCAUCACCGCACCUUCGCUCCUCCUCCUCCCCCGCAGCACCCUUGACGCCGCCUCGGACGCAUCCACGCAAAACGACUCCCGGCCGCACCCCCACCCCCUCCGCACGCACCCUCCCACACCGACUGACCGCGCCACGGUGCUAGCGCUCGGCAUGGAGCGUGCGUGGGAGAACGUGGCGCCGCGGGUGCAGAGGAGCAGCAGCAAGGGGAGGAGUGUUGCCGGGGUGGAUGGGGAGGAGAUGACGGUGGGGGCCGGGUCGGGGGAGCGGAUGUACUGGGGGGUGGUGGGGGAGACGAAGAAGGAGUGGGUGGAGGGACGCAAGGAAAAGGGGCGGGAAGGUGGGGGUGGGGUUGUCGCGGGGAAGGGGCUGGGGUUUAGGGAGGCGUGGUGGGUUGGGGGGUGA